GUCAUGCCAGUGUCUCCAGUGCCCAGCUGUGUGUCCAUGAAGAGUAACUGGUCCAUGAGGGCGCCACCAACCUUCAGCAGUGGACCUCUACAGUCUGAUCCAUUACUACAGAAGACUACCCUGAGGUCAUUGUCUCCAGUUCCUAGCUCUGUAUCCAUGAAGAGUAAUUGUUCCAUGAGAGAGCCCCUAACCUUCAGCAGUGGACCUCCACAGUCUGACUCAAAGGACUUUCUAAACAACAGUCAAUCCAGGUGUGGUGUAUGUGAGCAGCUACUGAGUUCCCCAGUCAUCACCACCUGUGGACACAGUUUCUGCAGCCAGUGUAUCAGCAGCUACUGCAGCCAGUCUGGUCCAUCAGGAGACUACAGCUGUCCCCAGUGCAGACAGAGAUGCAGAAUUCAAGCUGUUAUCAAUCCCGACACAACCAUGGCACAACCCCUCCUGCAUUCACAUGGGCCUAUAGCACAAACUCCUCCAUACACAAGCAUUGUGCAACCAAAUGUAUACCCCUCUGCGUAUAUUGCGCCUCGUAACCUAUACCUCUCUCAAGCCGCUGUACAAUCUACUGUAAACCCAUCUGCAACCAUGGUACAGCCUACUGUAAAUCCUAAUGCAAUCAUAAUGCAACCUUCUGCACACAUUUCUGCAUCCAAGGCACAACAUGCGCUAUACCAUUCUGCAACCGUGACACAACCCACUGCAAACCCAUCUGCAACCAUGCAAGAUCCUUCCCUUUACCACCACAAUAAAAUGCUGGAACUUCAUCUCUGCAGACCUCCAUCAUUGCCCCACGUGUCUCCAUACCUGCAGCAGCAUCCUCUAUACUCAGAGAUGGGACAGGAUCGUCUAAAUCCACAUUUGCCUACAGCAGAGUCCCCUCCACAGCCUCAUGAAGUCAUUGCACAAUGUCCUCUAUAUCCAAACUCGGAGAUGGGGGAGGGUCCUCUAUAUCCACACAAGCGUGCAGCACAGCCUUGUUCACAGCCUCCUUUAGUUCAGCACACAGCAGCCAGCAACCACGUCCUGACUGAUCAUGCUCCAGCUAAAAGGGCAAGACUAGCAGGCAACUGUGACCUCAAUAGUGUACUGAUGAGCCAUAAAGCCAAAAUGAAGAAGAGGUUUGAGAGUAUAUCUGAAGGCAUCAUAAGGCAGGGGACCCAAACACUCCUGAACAAGAUCUACACAGAGCUCUACAUUACUGAAGGAGAGAGUGAAGACGUGAAUAACGAGCAUGAAGGUUGGCAGGUAGAAGCUGCAUCCCGACCACAAACUACAGAUGACACAGCCAUCAACUGCAAUGACAUCUUCAAGCCAUUACCUGGACAGGAGGGACACAUAAGAACUGUCAUGACAAAGGGGAUAGCUGGCAUCGGAAAAACAGUUUCAGUGCAGAAGUUCAUCCUUGACUGGGCAGAAGACAACGCUAAUCAGGAUGUGGAUUUCAUGUUUGUGCUUCCAUUUCGGGAGUUAAAUUUAGUCAAAGAUGCCCAAUACAGUCUUCACAGGCUCCUGCUUGACUUCCACCCUGAGCUUAGUGAGUUGGACAAUAGUGAAUACAAAGAUUGCAAUAUCAUAUUCAUCUUUGAUGGUCUGGAUGAGAGUCGACUUCAACUGGAUUUUCAAAAGAACCAGCAGUUUUCUGAUGUAACAAAACUGUCACCCGUGGAUGUGCUGAUGACAUGCCUCUUUCAAGGAUCCCUGCUUCCUUCAGCUCGAAUCUGGAUAACCUCCAGACCAGCAGCAGCCAGUCAGGUUCCUUCCCAGUAUGUGGAUCGGGUGACAGAAGUACGAGGGUUCAGUGACCCACAGAAGGAAGAGUACUUCAGGAAGAGGCUCAGUGACCACAGCCUAGCCGAUAGAAUCAUCACACACAUUAAAGCAUCCAGAAGCCUCUUCAUUAUGUGCCACAUGCCAGUCUUCUGUUGGAUUGCUGCCACUGUCCUUCAGCAGAUACUGCAAGAAGACGGUGGAAGGGAAGCCCCCAAAACCCUGACAGAGAUGUUCAUACACUUCCUGCUCAUCCAGACCACCAGGAAGCAACAGAAGUAUCAAGAGGAAACUGAAGCAGAUAGACAGAGGCUUCUAGAAUCCCACAAGAGUGUCAUUCUGAAACUGGCAGAGCUGGCCUUCACACACCUGGAGAAUGGCAAUCUCAUGUUCUAUGAAGACGACCUGAGAAAGUGUGGCAUUGAUGUCAGUGAAGCAUCAGUGUACUCUGGAAUGUGCACUGAGAUCUUCAGGGAGGAAUGUGUGUUUGAACACCAGAAGGUCUACUGCUUUGUCCAUUUGAGCAUCCAAGAGUUUCUGGCUGCUCUGCAUGUGUUCUCAUCUUAUCUAAAUAAGAAUUCGGAGGUCUUGGGACAGUUUGUGAAAAGAAAGGACAGCAUAACAGCAUUGCCACUUGAUGAGCUGUUGAAGAGUGCAGUGAACAAAGCUUUGGAAAGCAAGAAUGGACAUCUUGAUUUGUUUGUUCGUUUCCUUCAUGGCAUUUCUCUCGAAUCAAAUCAGAAACUCCUGCUUGGCCUCCUGACACACACCCACAGCAGCUCGGAGAGUGUGGCGAAAACAAUCAAGAACCUGAAGGUGAUGCAGAGACAAAACAUCUCCCCUGAAAGGUGCAUCAAUCUCUUCCACUGCCUGGUUGAAAUGCAUGACUCGUCUGUCCAUGAUGAAAUACAGGCUUACCUCAAGGCAGAGAAGGGAUCAGUCAAACAGCUUUCACUGGCCCACUGCUCUGCCUUGGCUUAUAUGCUUCUUAUGUCUGAUGAGGUGCUGGAUGAGUUUGAUCUGAAGAAAUACAAGACCACAGAUGAAGGUCGCAGGAGACUGGUCCCAGUUGUACGAUGCUGCAGAAAGGCAAUGUGA